AUGUCGCGCUGCCGACGGCUGGUGUAUCUCCUACUUAUCAAUAUCGCCGCCACGAAUCUAGUUGAAUCGCAACAAAAGGUGCUACAAAACACGGGGAACCCGGAAAGUGCGGCUGUACUCGACAAGCCCGUAAGCGACAAUGCGCAUACGAGCCCGCAAGCAGAAAGCGACGCUUUAAGGCCAAUAACUAGUACCGUAACCAUCAGAGAUGCGACUCUAGUUGAUGGACGAGCGGCGGAUGCGGCGCCAAACGCGACUCAACAGGCUACGCCGCCAGCCGAUGGCACAGCCAACGGAGGAGCAGAUGCGCAAACAGCUACUCCUGUGGAUGGGACGACCAAGGAAGCUGUUGAUACACCAGCAGCCGUGGAAACCAUAGCUAAAGAGAAGGGUGAUGAACAACCGGGCCCUGCUGUGAAUGCUAACGACAACGCCGCUGUUCCAACUGCUCAUCCAGGGGAAACCGCAGAAGCUACCACUCACGACGCAGAUGCAUACAUUUCCGGGGCAAAGGUGCUCAUGGCGCAGCAGCCGGAGGGAGCGGUAGCGUCGGCCUACAAUGGAGAGGCCAUGUCGCAAGAAAGGGGCUUCUUCAGGGACCUUGUGCAAGGGAUAUUGGAAAUCAUUCAGACAGAUUUCAACUUCCUGAUUAGCUCCGGGACCAUAUUUUCGUCACUACUCACUCAGCUGAUACCGCUGCACACAGUUAUGACCAUCAGGUGGAACAAGUCAACGGGGAGCCUGAAGACCCUCAACUUCGUCACGGUGGCGUUUGCCAACUUCCUAUGGUCGUUGUACGGAGUACUUUCAUACAACAUGGUCAUCAUACUCUCCAGUUUGCCAGGAUUGCUGCUCAACUGCUGCUACAUCAUGGUGUUUCACAAGUACUGCAAGGACGGACAACAGAAGCACAUUCUGCACGUGUCCUACAAAGUAUUUGCAGCCUCGUGCCUAGUGCUGGCGUGCGCAUACCUAGGUGUCGAAAGUGAGCCGUACCUCAAGUUCAUAGGGCUUUUCGGAGGAUCCAUACAGGCCUUCUCAUAUAUCGCACCCUUGCUGUCGAUCCGGGAAAUCAUGAAGAACAAGAGCACCUCGGCGAUGCCAACGGAAAUAUCACUUGCAAACUUCAUAGGAUCGUUCUUCACGCUCUGUUACGGAUUCAUAAUAUGGGACUACAUCGUCAUCGCACCCAACUUCAUAGGCAUGGUAUCGGGAAUCGUGCAAAUCACGCUGCUCAUACUCAUACCCAACAACGAGCAGAUCGUGGUCACAGAGGUGGGAAUCCUGGAAAAGCAGCACUUUAAGCCCAUCCUCAAGCCAGAGGUGGAUAUCUGA